AUGAAUACAGCAAACACUUUGGACGGCAAAUUCGUUACUGAGGGUUCUUGGAGACCUGAUUUAUUUAAGGGUAAAGUGGCAUUUGUCACUGGUGGAGCUGGCACGAUAUGUCGGGUACAGACAGAAGCCUUGGUUCUUCUUGGCUGUAAGGCAGCUAUUGUCGGCAGGGACCAAGAAAGAACAGAACAGGCAGCAAAAGGUAUUUCGCAGUUAGCAAAGGACAAAGAUGCAGUCUUGGCUAUUGCAAACGUCGAUGUUCGCAAUUUUGAACAAGUGGAGAAUGCGGUUAAAAAGACCGUAGAGAAGUUCGGUAAGAUCGAUUUCGUCAUUGCCGGUGCUGCUGGAAAUUUUGUGUGCGAUUUUGCGAACCUCUCUCCAAACGCCUUCAAAUCUGUUGUUGACAUAGAUUUACUAGGAAGUUUUAAUACCGCCAAGGCAUGCUUGAAGGAGUUAAAAAAGUCAAAAGGUUCCAUCCUUUUCGUCUCUGCCACUUUCCAUUAUUAUGGUGUGCCGUUUCAAGGACAUGUGGGCGCUGCUAAAGCGGGAAUAGACGCAUUGGCAAAGAAUUUAGCGGUUGAGUUGGGGCCUCUGGGUAUACGUUCGAAUUGCAUUGCUCCAGGUGCUAUCGAUAAUACGGAAGGCUUGAAGAGAUUAGCCGGCAAAAAAUAUAAGGAAAAGGCCUUGGCAAAGAUACCAUUACAAAGGCUUGGAUCUACACGGGAUAUAGCCGAAUCUACUGUUUAUAUUUUUUCACCCGCCGCAUCGUAUGUCACCGGUACCGUCUUAGUUGUUGACGGUGGUAUGUGGCAUUUAGGGACCUAUUUUGGACAUGAGUUGUAUCCAGAAGCCUUAAUAAAGAGUAUGACAUCUAAAUUAUAA